CGUAAAAAAGUGCAGCAGGUGAAUCGAGUCCCAUUAAUUCUCACUUCAUCACCUCCAUCAGUAGUUCCGUUCAUCAUCAUCUUCACCGAGAUAGACCACAAAUACCACUCUCUACGUUCAAUAUGCUUCCAUCCCUCCAAUCUUCCUCCACAAGAUUCAACCGAAUUGACCAACAAAAAGAGAACACUCAUCUACUCUAUUCAUUCAACUCAGUUCUCACCGUUUCAUCUCUCAGCUUCUCUGAUCUUCUCAGACUUCGCUUUUUGAUCGCCUUAUUCCAUUACCGUUACAUAUUCCACAUCUUCUAUGGCGCUUCUGUUUCUGACUUAUCGACGUUAUACACGAUUGCUCACGAAUUCCACUUAUGCGGUGAUGAAAACAUACGGAAGCCUGCUGAAUCCGCACUUGCUCAAUCGGAAAGUCGUCCUGGUUUCUGCUCUUGUCUUAUGGAGGUGAUAACUUCUAAUGAUCUAGCUUCUCAAGUUGAUGUUCGAUUGCUUGCUUCAGCAAUGUAUUUUAAGAACAGUGUGAAUCGAUAUUGGAGGAUAAAAUAUAUUUGUUCACCAUUUAUGUUGUAAAUGCUUGAUUCGGUUAUUGAACUAUAUAUGCAGGGGAUUAGCAAUGAGGAGAAGUUGCAUUUGAGGCAAAAACUAUUGUCAUAUCUCAGGGAAGAAAAUUAUCAGGUGGUCUUACUUCUGGCAGUGCUCAUCUCAAAAAUUGCUCGUAUCGUACCAAAAGAAUGGCCGGACCUCUUUUCUUCUUUAGCACAACAGCUUCAAUCAGCAGAUAUCCUUGCAUCCCAUAGGAUCUUUAUGAUUCUUUUUCGGACUCUGAAAGAGUUAUCCACAAAACGUCUCACUUCAGACCAGAAGAAUUUUGCCGAGGUAUAUGCUUUCUUUGAUUACAGCUGGCAUCUUUUGGCAAAAGAUCUACAAGCCAUAUUGCAUGGAUUCUCCUCAGCCUCAGUCAAAUAGUUUCCAAUGCUCUGGAGCUCCGACCUGAUGAUUUGUACUUUAACAUAGUGACAGAUGGUUCUAUGCAUAAAGAUAGUACGCCAGUUUAAUUUCUGGUUUCUAAGUGAUGCAAAAUCAAUGCAGGAGUUGAGGCCAGUCAAGGAAGUAUCUCCGGCUCUUUUAAAUAGCCAUUCGAUCUUUCCUCCAUAUCAUUCAUCUUUCAGAGACCAUCAUCCUAAAUUUUGGGAUUCUGAAGAAAGCUUGCCACGAAACUGAUGAAAAGUCUUGGUAGCAAUUCAGAAUAGACAUCCCUAUUCAUUUGGAGAUAAUAGUGUACUCCCAGUUGUAAUAGACUUCUGUUUGAAGAAUAUAAUGGAAUCUGACCCAGAUUUGAUGUCAUUUGAUCAAUUCCUUAUCCAAUGCAUGAAACUGGUUAAGUCUGUACUAGAGUGUAAGGAUAUACAAGCCAAGCUUGACUGGUCGUUGUCACAGAUGAAACUGGGGCUACAUUUGAGCAGAUGAAGAAAAAACGCUUCUAGUAUUGCUGCUGGUGUUCUUGCUUCUCUUUUCCCUGGGGAUCAAGUUGUCCUGCUAUGUAAUGUGUUAAUAAGAAGGUAUUUUGUUUUAACACCAGGCGACUUGGAGGCAUGGCAUGAAAAUCCUGAAUCUUUUCAUCACGAGCAAGACUCAGUUCUUUGGUCGGAGAAACUAAGACCGUGUGCUGAGGCGUUAUACCUUGUUUUGUUCGAAACUCAUAGUCAAUUGCUUGGUCCUGUUGUAGUUUCCCUUCUUCAAGAGGCCAUGAAUGGUUGUCCAAGUUCAGUCAGUGAAAUCACUCCAGGGUUGCUUCUCAAGGAGGCUGCUUAUGGUGCUGCGGCAUAUGUUUAUUAUGAACUUUCAAACUAUCUGAGCUUCAAAGACUGGUUCAAUGGAGCUCUGUCUUUGGAACUCACCAAUGAUCAUCCUAAUAUGCGAAUCAUCCAUAGGAAGGUUGCACUUAUUCUUGGGCAGUGGGUUUCUGAGAUUAAAGAAGAUACCAGAAAACCAGUCUAUUGUGCCCUCAUCAGAUUGCUCCAGGACAGAGACCUUUGUGUCCGGUUGGCUGCAGCCCGCUCUCUAUGUUUCCUUGUUGAAGAUGCAAAUUUCUGUGACAGAGAUUUCUCAGAUCUUCUGUCAGUGUGUUGGGAUUUAUGUUUUAAGUUGGAGGAGGAAGUUCAGGAGUUUGACUCAAAGGUUCAAGUGUUGAAUGCAAUCUCCAUUCUAAUUGCUCAUGUUGGUGAAGUUGUUCCUUAUGCAAGCAAGUUGGUGCAAUUCUUUCAGAAGAGUUGGGAGGAAUCUUCUGGAGAAAGUCUUCUGCAGAUUCAACUACUUAUUUCGCUUAAAAACUUUGUGACUGCACUUGCUUAUCAAUCACCCAUUUGUUACAAUGUCCUGCUUCCCAUUUUACAAUGUGGAAUUGAUGUAAACAGCCCAGAUGAACUUCUGGAAGAUAGCAUGCUGUUAUGGGAAGCCACACUAUGUCAUGCACCUUCCAUGGUACCCCAGCUAUUGUCUUAUUCCAAACUUGUGGAAAUACUGGAAAAAGGUUUUGAUCACUUAAAGGUUGCUACAAAUAUAACUGAAGGCUACAUAAUUUUGGGUGGUUCUGAUUUUCUCAAUAUGCAUGCUUCUGGUGUUGCUAAGCUUCUUGAUCUGGUUGUUGGCAAUGUUAAUGAUAGGGGUUUGCUUUCAAUCCUUCCAGUCAUUGAACUUCUUAUUCAGUGUUUUCCUGUGGAGGUGCAGUUGAUUAGUAGUGUUCUCCAGAAAUUGGUUGUUAUAUGUUUAACCGGAGGAGAUGUUUGUGACCCUUCAAAGACAGCUGUGAAAGCAUCUUCAUCUGCUAUCUUAGCCCGGAUUUUAGUAAUGAACACAAAUUUCCUUGGGCAACUAACAUCCGAACCAUCAUUAUUAUUGAUCCUCCAAAAGUCUGGCUUUCCAGUGGAAGAAAACAUACUUCUUUGUCUAGUUGAUCUUUGGCUCGACAAGAUUGACAAUGUUACUUCUAUCCAAAGGAAGACAUUUGCUUUGGCCCUUUCCAUAAUUUUGACCUUGAGAUUACCUGAAGUACUUGACAAGCUUGACCAAAUCCUAAGUGUAUGUACAAGCGUGAUAUUGGGUGGGAAUGAAGACUUCAGUGAAGAAGAAUCCAGCAGUGACAACUUGAGCUCUAGCAGGCCUCAGUUUCCAAGCAAAGAAUUCAGGAAAAGACAGAUCAAAUUGUCCGAUCCAGUAAACCAGUUGUCUUUGGAGAACUAUGUGCGGGACAAUCUUCAAACAUGUUCUGCACUUCAUGGAGAGUCGUUUAAUUCAGCCAUUGGUAAAAUGCAUCCAGCAGCAUUUGCUCAACUUAAACAGGCGCUGAAGAUGCCUUGAACGGCUACAUUAUUACGGUGGCAUGUUGUUCUAGAUCCUCAAAUUUCUCCAUAUGGUCCCAGUAAAGGCGAGCUUUUGUGUGUAUUGAAGUUUUGGUGCUGUUGUGGCAAUUAUCUGCAUAUAAUUUUCUCUGUUGCGUCUGGUUUGGUGAUUCAUCUUCUUCUUCUUUCCCGAGCUUGAGAGUCAAAUUCUUCAGGUCUGCCAUCAUGUUUGAAGAUCAUAUCUCCCGAAUUCAUCAAGAAUCUACUGCACAAGAUUUUGGUGUUCUUCAAAUGAGAAGAGAAUGUGAAGGCGGGCCUUAGGCACAAUUAUUAUGUUGCCCCCAAAAGGUUUAGACUCUUUCUGCUCUCUUUUUUUACUUUAAUUCUUUUGUAUUACUAUCACCUUGAGAGCUGCAAUAGAUUUCAGUGCGACGAGAGGAGUUCUAAGAGUCGUGUUUUGAUCAAAUAUUGGAAUUGUGUUGUUUUCCUCUCUAAAUUAUUAUUAUUAUUGUAAGUUCUUGUUAUAAUACUAUUACUAAAUGGGAUUUGUUAUUGGAAGUG